AGCUUAAUGCUUCUUUCUUUUUUCGAACUACACACAUUAAGCAGCUUCAUUUGCACUUAGCACAUGUCAGCCUCAGACAACGAACAGACCUCUGUGUCAAAUGCGGCCUCCCUAGGAGAGAAUGCACCCCAAAGCACAAGCAACACGGGCGCAACGGAGGCAUCAACAGCACCAGCAGCAGAGAACAGCAACGCCGCAGUCUCGACACCCAGCAGCGCAGCAGCAGCAGCAGAUGUGCCAGGAUCGACGCCCAAGCCAGCGACCCCCGUGCCAAAGCCCAAGAAAAAGUCGGCUGGCAGCACGCUAAGCAGCAGCGCAAAGCGCAUUCAGAAGGAGCUGGCCGAGAUCAGCCUGGACCCGCCCAGCAACUGCAGCGCGGGACCAAAGGGCGACAACCUGUACGAAUGGGUUUCGACGAUUGUUGGACCGGGAGAGUCACCGUAUGCCGGCGGCGUGUUCUUCCUGGACAUCCACUUCCCGACAGACUACCCGUUCAAGCCGCCCAAGAUUAUUUUCCGGACGCGCAUCUACCACUGCAAUAUCAACAGCCAGGGACAGAUCUGCCUGGACAUCCUGAAGGACAAUUGGUCACCAGCGCUGACGAUCUCCAAGGUGCUGUUAUCGAUUUGCUCGCUACUGACGGAUCCUAACCCGCACGAUCCGCUGGUGCACAGCAUCGCGCAGCAGCUGCUGACAAACCGCAAGGAGCACGAUGCGACAGCCAAGGAGUGGACCAAGCGCUAUGCGUGUUGCUAGAGUGUAAACAAGCG